CCUCUCCUUCAGCCUAGUGAUAGAAGAUGUCCCUGUGCAGCAGGUUACAUAGAAACCACAGACCAACAAGACUGUAGUAAGAAAGUAUUUGACCUUUGUUUAGAAGGAACUUACCGAGCCCAGAAUGGACAAUGUCUGGAUGAAAAUGAAUGGAAAAUAUACUGUUCACAAUAUGUAAAAAAUAAUUACAAGGGAUAUAAUGGACCAUUGGGUCUAUGUCUGUGUAAAGCAGAAGACUUGGAUGCCUUGUGUAACUUGGAAUGUCGUAAAGCUCAGAGAAAUACCAUCACUUUUGUUUGUCCCGAGAAACCUCUUGCUCCAUAUAUUGAUAUAAAAGAUGGAGAAAGUAGUAACUUAUUAACAGUGAUAAACUCUCGUAAUUCCAUAACAGAAGAUCAAUGUGAAACAUUUGAUGGCGCCAAGUUAGCUGUUCACAUAGUAGAAAUGAGUAGCUCUGGGUUCCUGGGAGUGUACAAUCCACAAAGUAACCAAGUACAGACUAUGCUAGAACAUAGAUGUCUUGCAUUAAUCAAUGAUAUUCUUUUCAGAAACAAUCUCUUUAACACUAAUGAUCAGUUUGAUUAUGGUGGAUUCAGAGCUCUGGUUGAAGCUCAGUCCCAGAUAGCUACAUCAACAACACUGUUUGCCUAUAAAUUCACUGACCCUGGAGUGUAUGUCUUCUAUCUUAGUACUAAUUCCAAUAAGAAAAUGGUAAGGCUUUCUUUCUUGCAAUUUCGGUCCACAGAAUCUUUUAUACCAUUUGUACCUUAUCCAUGUUCUACUUCUGGUGAACCAAUACCAACAAAACUACAACCAUUGGCUAAUAAAAAUAGUUUAAGAUAUGGACAACCAAUGACAGAUCCUGUUACUGGAAUGCAUGUUCCAAUAAUUGCAAUGACAAUACAUCCAAAGACUGGAAGCUUUUUACCUAUUGGGGGAGUUCAUAUUGAUCCAGUUACUGGUUUACAUGUUGCUAUAGAGAUAGGAUCUAUAAUGGUGGACGCUAGCAGUGGAUUAACAGUACCAAUUCUCUCUGUUACCUUAGAUCCACAGAGUGGCGCGGUUGUUCCUGUUGGAGGAACUAAAUCUGGAGGCAUAGGAAAUAUCCCCAUCAUUCCAUUUGAUGGCUACGUAGAUUCUUUGAGCAACAAAUUAGUAAGAGUCCAAGGUGGAUACCUUAAAGAAUCAGAAGUACUGCCUUCUAGCUUAGUUGCUAUAACAAUUGGUCGUAAAGCAGUAGACCCAGUAACAGGAGACCUUAGUCCGGUUAUAUCAGUGAGACGUAAUCCAGAAACCAAACAAACUUUACCAGUUACUCUAUCAUCUGGUGGACACCGAAAGCAAAAGGCACCACCUGGAGCUAAAUAUCUUGAAGAUAUUGAAGCUAUGGCCAAUCAGUUGAAUGAUAAUAAUAAACACGAAGCUCAAAGACGUGGUGCUGCGAAGGAGGAACUUGUUUCUAUACUGCCUCCUCCAGUCAUUACAAUCCUCACAACUGGUGAUAAACGUGAACAUGAGCAAGAAGAAUCUCAUCUUGCAGACCAAAUUAGCACUAGGAUGGAAAAACUAGAUCUUGAACAUUCUUCUUUAGAAUAUGCCCGACAAUUAUCAGAGUUGUGUGCCAUUGAAGCUAAAGCCAUCUUAACCCACAGCGUGCUUCUAGCUGGUGAUUUUGAUUCCAAUCUUUCUGGAGUUUAUGGUGACUCUGAUAAGUCUACUUCAACUGAUCCAGAGUUAAUUCCUUUACUCAGGCAGCUGAUUGCCAUGCUGGAAUCUGGAGGACCAUUUUAUCUCUCACCAGAACUGCUUAAUCUCAUCUAUACAGGACAUGGCGAUUGGGUGAAUUUAUUGAUGGCAUCUCCAUUAUUUAAACAGAUCAACGAUUUAGAGAGCAUGUUGAACGACAACCAGGCAUCAGCUACACCCAACAAUAAUUAUAGUAAAAAUGCUUAUAGAAACUCUGUGUACUACGAACAUGCUAAGAAUAUCUUAUUCAUACGAAAGGAAAGGAUGGAGUCUAUUGGUGAAUUUGUGAUAAUCGUCCUCCACUCUUUAGCUCAUAUUAAAAUUGGUGAUAUGACUGAUGAUACUAAUACUCUUUUCUUACGAGAGUUUUAUAAAGUAAGCAUGCUUUCUGAAUCUAUGGAACAACUCUGCAACAGCUAA